AUGUGUACAUGUGAUGCAGGAUAUACUGGACAUCAUUCUAUACACCUCACAACAGAAAGAAGUACACUAGCUUUUCUAACUACAACACACAGAAGUACACAAAAGAUACUCACUGCAACAUCAAAACUUUGUAUCGAUGAUCAAUUUUUCAACUGUCAGAAUCCAGUCAUAUGUAAAUCGGAAUUCAGAAACAAUUGUCCAUUAAGUUGUGGAAUAUGUGUUCCAGAGCCAACAACUACCAAGAAGCCUUGCAUUGAUAACAUAUUAUUGAAUUGCCAAGACCACAGUAUUUGUUCAUCAAAGUUAAGCCAACAUUGUCCUGCCACCUGUGGUAUUUGUGUUGUUUCUGCAACAACACAAAGCCAAGGUCACAGAAUCGUGCGUAAGCUUAUUUUGUUCAAUAAAUACACACAAUGUUGGCAUUGGAAAUUUUAA